AUGUAUUCGGACAUUUAUAAUACAUCAACAAGCGUUCUCGGUCGUACCCAAGUGAUUCAGCACGAAAUUGCUACCGGAACCAGUAGACCCAUUCGUCAGCGUGUACGACGCUCACCAGUUCACUGUGUCACAGCUGGACGAAAUCAUUUAGAAUAUGCUACCAAAGAAAGUCAUCCGUCCAUCAACCUCACCCUGGUCGUCCCCUAUAGUGUUGGUAAAGAGUGCUAA